AUGAGCUCCCCUCGUGGUCCACCCGAUACUUCGCUUGGCUUGAGCGCCUCAGAGACUCGCAUCCUCGCGUUUAGCACUAUUUGCCAGACUGGCGAUGGCGGCAAGAACCCUAUUGAUUGGGAUAAGCUGGGGAAGAAACUGAACCUCACCACCGGCUCGACUAAGGUGAUGUAUGGCAACGCUCGUCGCAAGCUGAUCCGCCUGCAUGGGGAUGCCGAGACCCCUCUUCCUUCCACCACCAAUGAGGCUGGGGACAACGGCCAGUCCCCCAAGAAGGCUCGCAAGACCGCUUCAAGCUCGAGCCACCGCAAGCGCAAGGCCGACAAGGACGAUGAGGACGACGACGACUCACUGGAGGCCCUCUCUGCCACCGCCAAGGCCUGA